CAUUGUUGAUUCUUCUAGGUUUUACUGUUUCUCUAUCUUGCUUUGUGUGUGUUCUUGCUUUCUCUUCUAUGGCGGAUCUCAAGUCAACCUUCCUCAAGGUCUACUCGGUUCUGAAGGCUGAGCUUCUUCAGGACCCUGCGUUUGAGUUUACGGAUACUUCUCGCCAAUGGAUCGAACGGAUGCUGGACUACAAUGUGCCUGGAGGUAAGCUUAACCGAGGGCUCUCCGUCAUUGAUAGCUACAGAUUAUUGAAAGAAGGGAAGGACUUGACUGAAGAUGAAAUCUUUCUUGCUAGUGUUCUUGGUUGGUGUAUUGAAUGGCUCCAGGCUUAUUUUCUUGUUCUUGAUGAUAUUAUGGAUAACUCCGUCACACGACGUGGUCAACCUUGCUGGUUUAGAUUACCCAAGGUUGGGAUGAUUGCAGUUAACGAUGGAGUUCUGCUUCGCAAUCAUAUUCCUAGAAUGCUCAAAAAUCACUUCAAAGGGAAGCCAUAUUACAUUGAUCUACUCGAUUUGUUUAACGAGGUUGAGUUUCAAACAGCAUCAGGACAAAUGAUUGAUUUGAUAACCACUAUCGAAGGAGAAAAAGAUCUUUCCAAAUAUGCAUUGUCACUUCAUCGGCGCAUUGUACAGUACAAGACUGCCUAUUAUUCAUUUUACCUUCCAGUUGCUUGUGCACUAGUUAUGUCAGGUGAAGAUCUUGAGAAACAUACUGUUGUUAAGGACAUUCUUGUUCAAAUGGGUGUCUAUUUUCAAGUUCAGGAUGAUUAUCUAGAUUGUUAUGGCGAUCCUGAAACCAUAGGAAAGGUGGGAACAGACAUUGAAGAUUUCAAAUGCUCCUGGUUGGUCGUGAAAGCUCUGGAACUUUGCAAUGAGGAUCAGAAGAAGUUAUUACAUGAGGCUUAUGGGAAACCAGACCCAGAAAAUGUCGCCAAAGUAAAGGCCAUAUACAAGGAUCUCGAUCUUCAGGGUGUAUUUGCGGAAUAUGAGAGUCAGAGUUAUGCUAAACUGAAUGCCUCCAUUGAAGCUCAUCCCAGCAAAUCGAUUCAAGCAGUUCUCAAGUCUUUCUUGGGUAAAAUAUACAAGCGCCAGAAGUGAGCUACUCGUACUCUUCUGCUCCCCUGGCUUUGGCUUCAGUAUUCUUAUUUCUUAGUAAGCUUGGAUCAUAUGCAGAUCUGUCUUACUAGCUUCUGAUUUAUUUACAUGUUUUUUGGUCUCGAAAUAAGGUUCCACGACCUUUAUCCAUACCCUUUGGUAUUGAAAUCUUUUCUCUUUUCUGUUCUAAUAUUAUUCUGAGAAUUACCCUGAUGACCAAAAUUUGAUCUUUUGAAGAAAUACAGAAUGAUUCUCAUUUUUCUCA